CAGCUGCACCUUUGAAUGAGAUACAAAAAUAAAGGUAUGGGAAAGUGAGAAAUGAUAUAAAUACGUAUUUUAAUAAAAGUGCAAACAUGUUUUUGUAAAUAGAAUGAACAUAAAAGAAAAUGUCAAGCAACAGGUUAUCUUUUCAAGAUUUUCCCUAUAUAUGUAGAUUAUGUUUGAUGAAAAAGAAUAACUUAAAACUAAUGGUGCAGUUAAUUUCCUUGGAUGUACUAAAGAAUAUAACAAAUAUUAAAAUGGAAGAUGAUGAUUUACCUAAGAAUGUGUGCAAUGAUUGCACAAAUAAAUUAGAAUAUAUCUCAUCUUUUAUAGAUUUAUGUCUUAAAAGCGAAACAAAUCUAAGAAAUAUAUUGGUAAAAUACAGAGAGAUACAUUCUGAGAAAAAAGAUGCAGAUCAGUCUUUCAGCCCAUUUGAAGAGUCGAAUAUUAAUUUAAAUGAAAAUUAUGAUACAAAUGAAUUUAUUUUGCCUCCCCCAAAGAACAUAAAGCUAGAGAAACCGAAGGAAACUUUAUGUAUCUCAAGCCAUGAUAACGUGGAAAAUAAGAUUAUAAAAGCUUCUACUAAAAAGCAACCUUCAGACUGUCAAAUAUGUAGAGAACAUUUUAGUACAAGGACAAAAUUAUACGAACAUAAAAAGAAAAAUCCUGCUUGUCGAACUAGACACUUCAAAUGUACAGUUUGUGUAAAAGCUUUCUUUACAGAGUUCAAGCUUAAAUUACAUAUGAGGUCGCAUACCAAAGAAACACCAUUUGAAUGUAAAAUUUGUUUAAAAAAGUUUAGGUUUGCUUCAAACGUUAACAGACAUAUAGAUAGCAUUCACAAAGGUUUAAAACCAUUUAGAUGCGACAUAUGUGGAAAGGAAUUCUCAAGAUUAGAAAGAAAACUGCAACAUGAGAAUAUACAUACCAGUAAAUCCCAAUAUAAGUGUAACUAUUGUGGGGAAGGGUUUAAAUAUAAAUCGAUGCUACAAAACCAUGAAAUGGAUCAUAAAAUAAAAAAUGGUGAAAUCAAAGAACUUUCUAAAACUGAAUGUAAUAUUUGUAAAAAGAUCUUUUUUUCAAAAUCUUUACUUUUAACACAUAUCAGAAUUCACAAUGGAGAGAAAACAUUUUUGUGCUCUAUUUGUGGAAGAAGCUUUUUGAAGAAAAUCUAUUUAGACAUUCAUUGCCGAAUACAUACAGGAGAGAAACCGUUUCAGUGUAAAGAAUGUGGUAAAAAAUUUAGGCAUGCAAGUAGCUACAAAACUCAUGCUCUAUUUCAUACAGGUACAAGAUGCUUCAAAUGUAGUAUUUGUUCAAAAACAUUUAAGCAGUCAAGUCACUUAAAAUCUCAUUUAAAAGUUCAUAGUGGAGAAAAACCUUUUUUAUGUAGCGUUUGUGGAAAGGGUUUUUCUCAAAAUUCUAAUUUAAAGACCCAUACUAGAGUUCAUACUGGGGAGACUCCUUAUCACUGUUCGAUUUGUAAUAAGGGUUUCUAUGAUUCAAGUAGCAUGAAGAAGCAUGAAAAGAGCCAUUAAAAUCAGUUGUGCAAUACAUUCACAGAAAUAAAUGAUCCUUGUUUGCCUACAAAUCAAAAACUAAUGAUUAAUGAGAAAAAUAUAAAAAAGGAAUCCGGCAUCUAAUUAAGACAAGUUCAGAGUGAUUGUGAAGAUUAAAAUAAUACCUAUCUUCUAUAAAACUGUGACGAGGUUUGUGUUGUAGCCUUUUUGUUGCAUUUGGACUUAUUCUUAUAUAUUUUUUUUCAAAUUAUAUAUUGCAAAAUCUUUUUGGAAUGAAAACAUAUUUUUUUGUAGUUAAUGACUUCUGAUGUAUCACAAAAUGGGGCUACUUGGUCAUGAUUAAAGAUAUUUUAAGAUUACGGUACAUUAAAGAAUGUUGUUCAAUAUAUCUCCAAAAUUUUUAAAAUAGAUAGCUCGGACCAUGUAAAUUUAUCUGUUUUUUUUUUAUUUUAAUACAUGAAAUAAUAUGUCACAAUUUAACAAUUUGAAUGGGGCACAAAGUGAUUUUAGUGAUUAUUUUUUAUAUAUAGGUUGUAACUUUAAGUGGGCGUCAGAUUUUUAGGUGUAAUAGAAUGUGUUUGCCAGAAUACUGAACUGAAUUAUUUUUUUAAUAAUUAUAAAUUGUUUUUAAAACUACUACACUUAAACUUUCGUCUAGUUUUUAAUAAAAAAUAUUUGCCAAUAUUUUUUAAAACACUGUGUUUUGUGAAACUCAUCGUUUUCCACUAAACCUAAAUGUUCAUUUACCAUUUUCAAAUACUCUUAAAUUUACGUCAUUGUUAACGGAAAGAAAAAUUUGUAAUUUAGAAAUUUUGGAAAUAAAUUAAUGAAACUUGAGAUUGAGGUAUUUUAAAGAUUACUAAAUUAAAUCACAUUUUAAAAUUUAAAAAAAUAUAUAUUUCAUGACAGAUUCUUAAGAAAAAGUCCUAACGGGUUGCGUAAUGGUACAUUACUAUGACACUUGCCUCUGUAAUUGUAUUAAGAGACCUUGUACAUAUAAAAAAUUAUCAAUGGAAUUGUGUUGACAAGCAUGUUCAGGAUCAAAUUUGAAAACUCUGUUAGGAAACUAAAACAAAAUUAGUUUUUAUGCUUGGUAAAUGGAAAAGAAACGUCUAUUAGAAUAAUUUAAUAAAAAAUAAAUUCAUAGUUUCAAAAUAAAACCACAUAUUAUAUUAUAUACAUAUAUUUGUCACUUGUCCUGCCAGGUA